UUGUCUUCUUGGAAUAUGUGGGCUGGCUUUCAGCAUAAACACUCUGUAGUUAGUGAGCUCAUGUGUCAGAACACACAGUGCCUGCUACAGAGGACACAGCAAGCCAUGGAAAGGAAAGUGUCCCUAGGUGAGGAUCUUACCCAUAUACUAAGGGAGUUCAAUAAUGCCCUGGAGGACUUCUCAAAGGGUCCUUGUGAGUCUAAUGAGUUGCUACGGCAACUAAAAGAGCAGCUGACAUCCUACGACAGAGGCCUCAGUGAUUCAAGUACGAGUUCUUCAGAAGGAAGCAGUCUCAACACAAGUGAAGAGAACUUAAACCAAUCGAUGGCCAGUGCAAGACAGCACCCUAAUGCAAAACUUGGGGACACAAGGGAGCUGGAAAAUUACAUUGCCGAUCUGGAUAAAGUCCUGGAUGAUCUCUGAAACGAGAAGUUGGGAAAUCAGAAAUGAAAGUAGCACUUCCUGUUGAUUGUCAGCCUCCGAGCAGCAAUUCCUCUUGUGCCGCUGCUCAGUAUCUCUCUGUACAUGAUUAACAAAUCCCAGAAUUAACAAGACCCAGUAUUGCCCAAGUAUUCAUUUUUUAAAACUUUUAUACUGAAGCUUAGGGGGAGGGGGGGGGUGAUUCUUUAACCACAAAAUCUUGAUAAUGGAAUAGCAAAGAGCCAGGCAUAAUUGCAGGAGAGCUAAAGACUUGCAUUGUGGUCUGUGCCCUGCACUGGCUUCAUAUUAAGUAAUACAUAGUAAGAUGCACAGGACCCCUGUACUCAAUUUCUAUAUCACCAACAUAUUUCCCAGCGCUUUACAGAGGUAAAGCACUGUGGAAUAUGUUGGUGCUAUAGAAAUACAUGAGGAUCAUUUUCCUCUUUUGUAUGGUAAAUGGAGCUUGAACAUAAACUUAAGCUUUAGCUCAUUAAUACUGCCAAUAUAAUUCUAGCCAGAAAUAGGUCUUGCUCACAUGUUUUGUGCUGUGAUUUUUUUGGACACUGUUCCAUGGUGCAUUUAGGUGUAUGUAUUACCAUAUAACGUGUACAAAUCAAAUGACAUGGACAAUCUCAUUUAAAUCCACCUGUUGAAGGACACAUCUUCACAUAAAUCCCUGAGCUAAUGUAGCUUACAAUCUUAAGGUUCCUAUCACACACUCUAUGGUCAAUUUAUCAGGAAAGUGGAGUAAGCUGAAGGAAAUGCACACAGACAUGGGAAGACCAUACAAACACAGGAACCAAGCUAACCAUUGCACCACCACUGUGCUGAAGCCUUUAGUAACUUAAUUAUAAGUUCUUGGAGCUACACAAUCACAAAGUACCAGGGUUAGCUUGAAACGUUGCAAUAUUUAUGUUCAUUUUGGAGCCAAUAAAGCACUAAAUUCACACACCAUAAUUACUUGCGCAGCAGGGGUUUGUAUCUCCUGGAUCUACAAGCAGACCGGGCUUUUUUCUAAAAGCCACUUGCCACAUAAAGGCAUUUUUCUCUGGGGUUUGCCCUCCAAUCUAGUGUUAGUGAAAUGGCACACAGUGAUAAUAUUCUGCAAUGAAGUUUUUAGGCAGGAAAUAAUCCAUUACCACCACCAGUUCUGCUUCCCACCCACUGAAAUGGGAGACACAUGGAAGCACGGGAACUAGUGCUUUUUCAGCUGAAAAUGCUCAAUAAGGUGGCACUAACAAUAGCAAGAAGGAAAUCAGAGGGCACUUACAAUAAGGUGGCACUAGUGAAUUUGGGCAUUUGAUUAAAAAAUUGCAGCAGAGAAUAUGCUUGUGUGCCAUCAGUCUAAUAUCCACCUCUCCUAUGUUGUGUUUCACACCUUGGUACUUCCCAAUUGUUAAGAAAUAAAACUUCAGAUGUACAGA